AUGAUCAACGACCACACAGGCAGAAUGACCACCGAACUCCCCACCACCAGCACCAACGGCGAUACCUCGAAGAGAGGAGAGGGCAACUUCACCGUCAAGACGGGCCUGGCGCGCAUGUUGAAGGGAGGUGUGAUUAUGGAUGUUGUCAACGCUGAGCAAGCGAGAAUAGCAGAGGAGGCCGGCGCAGUAGCAGUCAUGGCUUUGGAGCGGGUGCCAGCAGAUAUCAGAGCCCAGGGAGGCGUGGCACGCAUGUCGGACCCGAAGAUGAUCAGGGAGAUCAUGGCGACUGUCACCAUCCCAGUGAUGGCCAAGGCGAGAAUCGGUCACUUUGUAGAGUGCCAGAUCCUCGAAGCCAUCGGCGUAGACUACAUCGACGAGUCUGAAGUCCUGACCCCCGCCGACCACGCCCACCACGUCGAGAAGCACCCCUACAGCGUCCCCUUCGUCUGCGGCUGCCGCAACUUGGGCGAGGCCCUGCGCCGCAUCUCCGAGGGCGCCGCAAUGAUCCGCACAAAGGGCGAAGCUGGGACCGGCGACGUCAUUGAGGCGGUCCGACACAUGCGCACCGUCUCUGCUGAAAUUGCACGUGCAGGCACCAUGUCGGAUGCGGAGCUGCGGAUACUAGCAAAGGAGAUCCAGGCGCCGUUUGAGUUAUUGCGGGAGACUGCUAAGCUGGGCAGAUUACCGGUUGUGAACUUUGCGGCGGGAGGAAUCGCUACGCCUGCCGAUGCGGCCCUGAUGAUGCAGUUGGGCUGUGAUGGUGUGUUCGUCGGAAGUGGAAUUUUCAAGUCGGGAGACGCGGCCAAGAGAGCGAAGGCUAUUGUGCAGGCUGUCACGCAUUACAACAAUCCGAAGGUGUUGGCGGAGGUCAGUGAGGAUUUGGGAGAGGCGAUGGUUGGUUUGAACUGUGGGACGAUGGACCCGAAGGACAAGAUGCAAGGUAGAGGAUGGUAA